AUGGCCAAGGGUUCUGUGGCCAAGACAGGACUGGGCCUGCACAGUCCCCUCAGAGCGAUGGUCCACGACCGCGAGGCUAUGGAGUUGGGGGAAUGGGAAGACUUUGCCCUCACUCAUGUCGACUUUCCAGUCGGUGACCUCUUUGGGAAAAUUUUAGCCUGCACUGCUCUUCUUCCUCAUGUCCUCAUUAUAGGCCUCAUCACUCUCGUCUUGUUCAGACGAGACCUUCAUACAAUUUUCUACAUGAUUGGUGUUGCAACAAAUGAUCUCUCUAACACCAUCCUGAAGAGAAUAUUUCAAGAAGUUCGUCCUAUGAGAAGGAAGACAUUGUAUUCUCAGUAUGGCAUGCCUUCAUCUCAUGCUCAGAUGAUUUGGUUUUUCACUGCAUAUGCAUUCCUUUUUCUUUCCAUC